GGACAGUCACACAUCCGCUGCUUCUGUUGGUGUUACGCACGAAUUAAUACGGAGAUGAAAUUGAGUUUUGUAAUUUUCCGAGGUGUGGUUUGGUUAAUAUUAUCACAAAUAAGAUGCUCACAUGGUGCCCGAAUAUUGGGAUUUUUCGGAGCACCUAUUAGAUCCCACUUUAUCGUUGAGGAGCCACUUAUGAAGGAAUUGGCUAAGCGUGGACAUGACGUCACUGUUAUCACUCCAUUCAGCCAGCAAGGAUCUGCUUUGGACAACUAUCGUUACAUUGAAAUAUCAGACUCUCUCAAUAGUUCGUUCUUUCAAAGCUUUACAUCUUCAGCAGUCCAAUCUGGCGACGAAAAAUCGUCCAUAUUAAAGAUAUUCAAUAUGCUCUAUAGCAUGGCCGGAGAAUCAAUGAAUUUAUUGAGGCAUCCCAAGUUUUUGGCAUUAAAGAAAGAACACUUUGACUUGGUCAUAAUUGGAUGGUUUUUGAACGACUAUGCCCUUGGAUUGUCGGGCCAUUUCCACUGUCCAUCUGUAAUAAUCACGGCUAAUAAAAACCUUUAUCCGAUCAGACAAUUCAGUGGUAAUCCUAGCAGUGCGCUGACUAUUCCAACCGUUUUGAUAGAAGUGAAUCCAAGGAUGGCUUUUUUCGACAGAGUUCUCAAUCUGUUCGCAUACAUCGUGGAGUUCCUUAUGUUUGAAUUUAUCUUUCAUUGGUACGCAAUGCCCUACUAUAAGGAAGCAUUUCCACCGCAUCAGUAUCCCUCGUAUGACGAAGUAUCGAAGAACGUGUCAUUGGUCUUGGUUGCGCAGCAUUUCAGUGGACAUGUUCCCGAAGCAUUACUGCCGAAUGUAAUCGAAAUCGAGGGUUUACAUGUCGAAAAGGAGCCAUCGCCUCUUCCUACGGAUAUCAAAGAUUUUUUGGAUAGCGCCACUGAUGGAGCCAUUUUCUUUAGCCUCGGCUCAAAUGCUAAAAGCUCCGAGCUACCGCAGGAAGCGAUCUCGGCUAUUAUACACAAAUUCCAGAAAAUGAAGCUAAAAAUCUUAUGGAAAUUCGAAGCAGACCUGCCCAAUAGACCGGACAAUGUUAAAAUUGGAAAAUGGUUGCCACAGAACGACAUUUUGGCUCAUCCAAAUGUGAAGCUUUUCAUAUCACACUGUGGCAAGGGAGGAAUUACUGAAGCAAAAUUCCACGGAGUACCGAUACUUGCGAUACCAAUGUUCGCCGAUCAAUUCAGCAAUGCUGUCAAAAUUCUUAACGAAGGAUGGGCUGUGAGUCUUCCGCUUGGUGAGAUCAAUGCCAACACCUUUUCUGCCGCCUUAGACGAAGCUUUAAAUAACGCUUCCUAUACGCAAGUUGCCAAGAAACUGGCAACAUUAUACAGAGAUCGACCAGCGCAUCCACUGGAUACAGCUGUCUUCUGGGUGGAAUACGUUAUUAGACACGACGGCGCUUAUCACAUGCAGAGUCCUGCUGUUCAUCUGAAUUUGUUGCAGUAUUAUCUAGUUGAUGUGAUUGCAUUUAUUGUUGUCGCUUUGUUAGUAGUGGUUAGAGUGAUUAGGAUUCUGUUUAACGUUUUUCUGAUGAAAGUGUUUGGGAUUCGGAAGCGAAAGUUGAAAAAGGAAUAAAAUUUAAAUAAAAUACAAUUUUUGCAA